UAGCUUCCUGGGUUUGUGAUCGUCUUGACAGUAACGGCGACAGUUUGACUAGCAGCCGUCCAGAAGCACACCGAGCGUCAUUUUCAGCCGGGACACUAGAAUUCCUGGCUCAUGGCGUACAGAAGAACCUUGAAACAGGCGGCGGUGGUGGGAGGCGUGGCGGUCACAACGGUCUUCGGCCUGUCGCAGCUGAUAGGGUAUAGGAAGAAGCAGCAUGGAUUGGCUCAGUUGGUGCGCGUGGCAGCCGAAGCAGAACUGAAGGUCCCUUUUGCGAACGAGCUUCCCUCCAGAGAGGCCCAACUCGCAGCGCUGCAAGGCACUCCGGAGUUUGACGUUUUGAUUGUCGGAGGAGGGGCCACAGGAGCCGGAUGUGCCUUAGACGCUGUCACCCGGAACCUUAAAACUGCCCUUGUAGAGCGAAACGACUUCUCUUCGGGGACGAGCAGCCGGAGUACAAAGCUCAUCCACGGUGGAGUGCGUUACCUACAGAAGGCCAUCAUGAAGCUAGACUACGAACAGUACAUGAUGGUGAAAGAGGCGCUGCAUGAGCGAGCCAACCUGCUAGAGAUUGCCCCUCAUCUUUCAGGGCCAUUGCCCAUCAUGCUUCCGGUGUACAAAUGGUGGCAGUUGCCUUACUAUUGGGCAGGAAUAAAGAUGUACGACAUGGUGGCUGGGAUCCACUGCCUUAAGAGCAGCUAUCUCCUGAGUAAGUCCAAAGCUCUGGAGUAUUUCCCCAUGCUGAAUAAGGACAAGCUGGUAGGAGCCAUCGUCUAUUACGACGGUCAACACAAUGACGCCCGGAUGAACCUGGCCAUCGCGCUGUCAGCCGCCCGGCAUGGUGCAGCUAUCGCCAACUACACUGAGGUGGUUCAUCUACUGAAGACCAAAGACCAGCAGACUGGCAAGGAGAAGUUGUGCGGUGCCCACUGCAGAGACGUCCUUACAAGGAAGGAGUUUGACGUGAGGGCCAAAUGUGUAAUCAACGCCACUGGACCUUUCACCGACUCUCUGAGGCAGAUGGACAAGCAGGAAACUGCUAAAAUCUGCCAGCCAAGUGCAGGUGUCCACAUCGUCAUGCCGGGAUACUACAGCCCCGACAAUAUGGGCCUUUUGGAUCCGGCUACGAGUGACGGCCGCGUCAUCUUCUUCCUGCCCUGGGAGAAGAUGACCAUUGCUGGGACCACCGACACCCCUACUGAAGUGACAGCCCACCCCAUACCGGGGGAGGAUGACAUCAACUUCAUUCUGAGGGAGGUGCGCAACUACCUCAGCCCAGAUGUGGAAGUGCGGAGAGGAGAUGUUCUAGCAGCCUGGAGCGGCAUCCGCCCGCUGGUGACCGAUCCCAACUCCAAAGACACCCAGUCCAUCUGCAGGAACCACAUUGUCAACAUCAGUGACACUGGACUGAUCACCAUCGCAGGUGGGAAGUGGACAACAUACCGUUCUAUGGCCCAGGAGACGAUAGAUGCAGCAGUAAAAUGCUUCCACCUCCCAGCUAGACCCUGCAGGACAGUGGGACUGAUGCUGGAGGGGGGGAAGGGCUGGACACCGACCCUCUACAUCCGACUGGUACAGGACUACGGCCUGGAGGAGGAGGUUGCGCAACAUUUGGCCACAACAUAUGGUGGCAAAGCAUUUGAUGUUGCCCAAAUAGCUAAGGUUACAGGCAAAAGAUGGCCGAUCGUUGGGAAACGUCUGGUGUCGGAAUUCCCCUACAUCGAAGCGGAGGUCCUGUACGCCAUCAAGGAGUACGCCUGCACUGCAAUCGAUGUCAUGGCGCGACGGACGCGGCUCGGCUUCCUGAAUGUGCAGGCGGCAGACGAAGCUCUCCCGAGGAUUGUCCAAAUCAUGGGCAAAGAGCUUAACUGGAGUCAGGAGAAGAGGACGGAGGAACUUGAAGCAGCGAAAAUGUUCCUGUACCACGAGAUGGGCUACAGAUCUCGAUCGGAGCGGCUCACGUCGUCAUCAGAGAUCCAACUGGACAACCAGGAAGUGAUGAAGUACAAGAACCGCUUCCACAAGUUUGACAAAGAGUCCAAAGGCUUCAUCACCACAGUUGAUGUCAAGCAAGUAUUAGAGAGCAUCAACGUCCAGAUUGAUGAGAACGAGCUCCACGAAAUCCUUAAUGAGGUGGACCUCAAUAAGAACGGACAAGUCGAAUUCAACGAGUUCCUGAGGCUGAUGAGUGCCGUGAAGGAGGGACACGUGUCCGACAGCCGCCUGGCCAUCCUCUUGAAGACGGCCGAGGCCACGCUGGACACGAGGGAGCCGGUGACGGUGGACCGCAGCGGUGGAGGACUCUGAGCCUGAGGGGGUGUAUGCAAAUGGCUCCAUUUGAAUCACAAUAACGCAAUCAAGCUCGCAGCGGGAUGAGCUUGAUCAAAUCAGGCGCUGCGUUUUUAGGGGAAAUCUGAUCUAAUGAUUCAAGUCCGGGAGACAGAUCUUGUGCCUGUGAUCGCACAAAAAUGUUUCCCAUUUAACACAAAACCUUUUUGACAUUUAGUGUCUCUAGAAUCACUCCGUAUUUCACAGAAUCAACACUGAUUGUGGAUUAAAGAUGUGCUUUCAGGCUUUAUUUUGUGCAGCAAACUGAAUGUUCGCCACCAAGAAAAGAAAGGAUUUCAAAACUUUUACUGAAAAGUCAAUUAAGUAAAAGGCUUCACUUAAUUGAAAUAUUAAAGUAAAUGAAAUGCGUGUCAUCUCAGAAUAAACAGGACGAAAUCCUUGUAUUGAAUCUGUUUGUCACGCUGCAGCUAGUUAGAAAUGAAUAUCAAUUUCAUGUUAAGGUUAGACCCUACAGUUCUUUAAAUGUAUUCAAACAGCCCGGCGUUAUUGUUCCGUUACUAAAACAACUUUUAAGUACAUUUUUAAUGUGUGCAGUAUCUUCAUUUUUACCAAAAAUGAUCAAAUUCUUCUGUUUGAAUUGUUUUCAGAUGAAAGAAUUUGGAUUGAGCAUUUGGUAAUAUUCAGCGAUGCUUUUAAUACAUGCAGAGACGCGUUUGCUUCAUAUGUAAAGUUUCGCAGUCUUCAUCCAGUACUUCCUACCAAAGCUUCAGGAGCUCACUUCUGAUUGGUCAAUAGAGAUUCGAGUCAUGACUUGUGACCAACAAGUGAUUCAUUUAGUUAAAAUCGACUCUAUUGAGCCCCGUCGUUCGCAUCUAAAAAGGAAGGAAAUAAAUUCUGUAUUGAUGUAAUUCUGAAUUGAGCUUUCAACUUAAAAAAAUAAAUAAAUACAUUUUUUAUUUCUUUACAACCGCAACUAUUUGGCUGACAUGCAGUAGCCUUCGACGAGCCUCUGCUAGUAUUCUGGAUCUGAUAUUUGAGCAAACAAACAAACAAAGAAAAACUAACACUCCCAAAAGCAUAAUGCUGCCCUUCGUGUGGGAAUUAUGUUUUAUUGUAUAAAUGAUCUCAGCCACAUCAAAAGCACAAUACAUCUUCAACACCUUACACAAUACAGCGUUUGACGGUUCGUCAAACGCUUCUGCUGCCCUAAUUUGGUUUUCAGGUGAUCACACUAACUACAAGCUGUAGUCACUGAUGUUUACAAGCUUUCAGUUUUUUUGAUUUUAGCUUCUUUUUUUUUUUUACCGAUUAUUCUUUUAUUCGCUAUGGUUGUUUGUAUCAAGGUAUAUUCAUAAAAUAUACUUGGUUAAGGUUGUUUUUCAAAGCAACAAUUACUCUUAACAUUCAAAAUUCUCUGCUACUCUAUGGAGUUUCAAAGGUGUUGAAAUUUAGUGCUUAUAAAAAAAUACAGAAUUUAUAAAAUUGGUAUUUGAAGAAGGGUUAAAAUCCUAUUAAAUUAUUUAAUUUAUUAUAUAUAUUUUUAAAAUAAUAAUACUGUCAGAUCCGCCCACAAGUGUAAUUUCAGAAUGUGUUGCAGCAACUCAUUUGAAAAUGUUUUCAAUUUAUUCAGAAACUGUUUAUUUUUUAAAUGAAUGAUUUGUAACAACUGUUUAUGAAUCGACCAAGUAAUGUUUAUUUUUAGUGAAUUGUGGCAUGUUUGGACCUCCAUACAAACAUUUAAAAUGAAAGAAUAAACGUGGAUUUUUGUCCCUCCUCCCCCCAUUUCCUUUUCAUGCUUCUGUUGGAGAACAAUAUUUCUACAUGCUGGCUGAUGCUUUGCUGUUUAUUCAACGUUUUUCAGGUGUAAAUGUUUUAUGCUGUGAUGAAUGUAUGCCAUGUGCCUUCACUAUGAUUUUAUUGUCUCUCAAUGCGCACAAAGUCUAUAAAUUGUUUGUAUUUAAACAUUUGUUACAUAAAUGACAUUUAUAACA